AUGUCUGUGUCUCUGUGGUGCGAAGAGGGCCAGGGCCCCAACAGAGGCUCGACUCAGCUGCGAGCCGCCUGGGACCCCACAGUGUCGGGGCACCGUGUGAUCCUGAGACUGCUUCACGUGGAGGAGAGGUACAUGCCCUCCAUGCUCUACAUCACCCUCAUCCAGAGGGAUCCAGAGCGCAGGGAGGAGCUGGCCAAGUGGGCCCUGGAGGUGUGCUGUGAGAUCGGUUGUGAUGAGACAGUGUUUCCUCUGUCUGUCUCUCUGAUGGACCGCUACCUGUCUGCCACUCUGUCUGUGCCUGUCUCACCGUACUGCCUGGCCGCCGGCUGCAUCCUCAUUGCGUCCAAACUCACAGAGUGCGACAACAUCACCGCAGACACUCUCUGUGCCGCAGCCGAGUACAGCUUCCCGCCUUCGACCCUGCGGGAAAUGGAGCGAGUCAUCCUGGCCACUCUGCGGUGGGACACAGCAGCGGUGACCCCUCAAGACUUCCUCCCACAUUUCCUGGCCUCAGUGGAGCAGAGAGGCGAUGGGGAGUCUGCGGAGGAGCGGUUGUCCACCCUGCGGCGGCACAGUGACACACUGGCGGCCAUGUGUGUCUGUGACUCCCGGUUCCUGGGAGCACCUCCAUCACUUGUUGCUGCAGCAUCCCUCAACUGUGCACUGCGAGGCCUUGGCAACCAGGGGCCCUCUCAGCUGGCUCACAUGAGUGAAGAGCUGGCAGAGCUGUGCCAGACUGAGCUGGCAGUGCUGCAGUGCUACAGUGACAUGAUAGAGUACGGCCUCCGCCAGCGGCUGAGGAGUGGGCUUCAGCAGGGCCCCACAGAGAAAGAGGUGGAGGUGGAGGAGGAGGUGGAGGAGGAUGAGCGGGCCGGGACACCCACUGACAUGAGAGAGAUUGAUUUCUAA